GGAGCGGUGAGAGGAGCAGAGCUGUGCUUAGCUAUGGAGGCAGAGAGGCCCCCAGGGGCCCAGGUCAGUGGUUGGCUGCAGGCUGCUCACAGACAUGUCCUGGACUACCUGCAGGAGGAGGGAGGGGCCCCUGGGCUCUGUGAUGACGUCAUCAGGUGCAUUCAGAAUUUCUGCCCCCAGGUGCCACUCAGCUACAGUUUCACAACGGUCUCCCAGCUCCUGUCCCUGCAGAAGUCUCCAUGUGUGUCCGCCCUGGGCUGGGACACCGAGCGCUUUCAGCAAUGGAGACACGAGGGUUUGCAGCAGACAAAAGUGAGCCAGCCUCCAGCCGUCCUCUCCAGAGCUCGCCUCCUCCUGGUGGGGUAUAUAUCCAACAGUCGGACAAGAGACAGCCCAGUGUAUGAUGGGAACUUGUACGUCAGGGACUCCAGUGGAUGCAUACUUGCGAGAUGUCCAUGUGCGAUUUAAACCUAUUGGGGUCACUAGUCUUCUUCCCUUGCUGGUCCUACAUUCCCAUCCAACAUGGAGGCAGCUAUGUGGAGGUCCUGUCUUCUCCUAUCUCAGUCACCACCCCAGUGGUGAGACCAGAAGUGCUGGACCCGGCCAACACCACAGCUCUUAACCCUGGCAAAGCCUCCCAGCUUUUGUGUAGCAGGUCCCAUCCUCGAGGGUUUCGAGUUUCAGUGACUGGUCAGCUGGUGUCCAUCACAUCACUCAUCAAUAUCCGGGACAAACCUUUCUUCUUUUUCUUUCUUCAGGAUAGAGAUAAAGCAAAGUUUGUUCCAGUCAUAGUGAAGGUGCCACAAAAGCUCUGUUGGUAUCAUGCUCUGCACAUCGGCAACACAUACGAAGUGACAUCUCUCUCAGUAUCCUCUCUCCGUGGGUCUGUGCAGCAAAUUUUUGCCAUUACCUCCUCUUCUCGUCUCAUCCCUCGUCCUACACUUCCCCCGCCAUGUUCCUCCAUCCAUACUAAAGAAAAUUCAGAAGAGCUUACAGAUACCUCCAGUGGCAGGAAGAGCAGUGCUUUAACCCAGAGGAACAGGUGAGGGAAAAGCAACAAAAGAUGUCAAAGACCCUAACCUAUGAGGGUGUUGUGACACGUGUCCGGGAUGCCAGUGCCGGUCUAUAUGAGCUGGAUGGGGCAGUGGUACUCUGCACUGCUUACACACAGCUUCAUAAUGGGGGAAGAGGACUUAGAGAGGGGGCGAGAGUUGAGGCAUGUGACGUUCACCUCCAGCAGUCUCCGAGCCCCCUCUUCCCUACCAUCAUCCUCUCCACCUGUCUAAGAAGCCGAGUCCGAGUCUUCGAAUUCUCUCGUCUUAGCGCUCCGUGUUCUUUGUUUUCCGGUUCUGGGAAUCUCUUCCUCCACCUUCUCUUCCACUACCGACUGAGACUUCCAGAAUACCUCUGGGUUUGUGACAUCAUAAGGCAGCUGCAGGAGAAACUGCGGCCUUCUCUUGUCCGGCAGCGCUGCCUCACCCAACACACAGAGUCCUCUUCCCACGGCGUCACGGAGAAGCUGCUGGAUUCCUCGCUGUCAUCUUUGUCGGAUGGGAGGCAGGAAAGGGACCUGUAUGAGGAGAUGGUGGCCAAUCCACACAACUGUCCACUCCGAGCGUACUCCCCCCUGCCUCCACCCUGGUGUCUCCCACCGCUCUCUCACUUCUCAUCUCUAGCCUGUAAGUCACAGUAUGUGCGAAGGAAGGAGUCGAACCGCAGUCUUGACUGGUGUCAUUACUGUCUGCCAUCAGAGGACAUCUCUCCCCCUCAUGUCCUCCUCGGUGUUCUUCAUGCUUCCUCCUCAGGUAUCCUCCAGUUAAGGGACCGGUCCUCAUCCCUCACCUGCCUGAUUCUGCCGAACUCCCCCAUUGCUUGGAUAGGAUGUGUCCUCGAGGUGCGUCAGUAUCAGCUAGUGGUGGAAACUCUGCAACGCAAAGACAAUGCCAUAGAACAACGUAACAGGUAACAC